AAAAAAAAAAAAAAAAAAAAAAAAAAAAGAAAAGCGCGCAUGGUUGCGAUGUUGACCAUCGACAUUCACAUCCCUCCCUUCUGCUUUCAUCAUUCGGCAAUAAAUUUCGCUCGUUAAUCCCGUUACUACUCUCUCAACUUUUUUACUGCCGCAACUGGUUCUUAAAAAAACAACAACGUAUUCGGUUCUUAUUCAAUUGAUCGUAUCGAUACUAUCCCUGGUCGCUCUACACGUCGCUUGAAACCACCCGUCGGCAACCCCCACAUAUGAAUCAGCCUAUCUCAAUAACCGAUACUUUAAAGCGCCGAUUCCUGGAGGCUAUUGACAAUGCCAAGGUGGAACCAGGUCGCUACAAGUACGUGAUUGUCGAUGCGCGUGCAUCCGAGAUCAUGACCUCAGCCGGAUGUCACUUGGCUGAUGUCUUGGCACGCGAGGGCACCAUGUAUCUGGAGAAUCUGGAAAAGAGACGUUCGCCGUCUGCCAAUGUUGAGGCAAUCUACUUUGCUAUGCCAACAGAGGACUCUGUGCGACGAAUUAUUCGCGACUUCAAGACCGGACGACCUGCCACGUAUGCCGCCGCACAUUUGUUCUUCUUAGCAGCCAUGGACGACAAAACAUUCGAUCAUCUGCGGGCAUCAACAGAUGCAAAAUACAUCAAGAGUUUGAAGGAGCUGUUCAUGGACUUUUUCGCCGUCGAAUCAAGGGUGUUUUCGUUGGGAAACAGGAACGCGUUCUUCAACUUGUUUUCGCCCAGCAUCAAGGAUAGGAACCAGCAUUCUGAGAUCAACUCAAUUUCCAAACAGCUGGUCUCAGUGUGCGCCUCACUUCAAGUCAACCCCAUUGUAUCAUACUACCGCUCUUCCGAAAUCACCAUGCAAACUUCAAAGAACAUUGCUAUGACUGUGCAGACAGAUCUGGAUGAAUAUUACAAAGGACAACCACGCAUUGGAUUCAAGCAGCCGCAACUGGUCAUUAUCGACCGCACAGUCGACCCAAUUACCCCUAUCCUGCACGACUUUUGUUAUCAGGCACUGGCAACGGAUUUGUUGUCGAUCAAGGAUGGUACCAAGUACGAAUACAGCUCGUUUGGUCAGGACGGACAGCCAUGUGAAAAGGUUGCGGUGUUGGACGAGAAUGACAAGACGUUCACGAAGAUCCGUCACAACCAUAUCACGGACUGCAUCAAAUUCUUGAAGAGUAAUGUUGAUAGCUUUGUGGCCGAUGCCAUGACUAAAUCGACGUCUGGAAAUCAGUUGGAUGUGAUCAGGGAGCAAAUGGCAAAGUUGCCUCAGUUCCAAGAGAACAAAGAGAAGUUCUCUGUGCACCUGUCGAUCGUGAACGAGUGCUUGGAGUUCAUUAAACAUAACAAGCUGGUCGACAUUUCCGUAUUGGAGCAAUCCUUGGCGACUGGACAGCUUGCCAGCGGAGAAAUUCCCAAGUCGUUUGAUCCUGAGAUCGCUGUGUUCCUGGAUGAUAGUAGUGUCAGGAUGGUGGACCGUCUUCGCUUGCUGAUGCUGUUCUUCAUUACACAGGCGGUGCCUCAGGACAUGCGAAACCAGCUCUUCCAGCUGAGUCGGUGCAAUUACGCCGAUCGAGAGAUCGCCAACAAUCUCGAGUUUUUGGGCGUCAAACUGGAUGUGGCGGCACCACCCCCUACAAAGAAAUGGUGGAUCACAGAAUUGCUGAAGAAAAAGUCGGUGACUGAGGAUGAUAUCGAGUACGACCUGCCGCGCUACUCGCCUGUUAUCAAGGCCAUUAUCGAUGGAGUGGUGAACGGAACAUUGGAUCGAGAUCAAUACCCAUAUACCUUGGCGCCCGAUCAGCUUGAGACAAUCCAGGCCCGCAAGACGGUCCGAUCUCUCCGAUCAGCACAACCGACGUUCCACCACAAGGGUCGUCGUAAUGAACCUCAAGGACGGUUGAUUCUCUUUAUUGCAGGAGGAGUCACCUAUACCGAGAUCCGCAUGGCCUACGAAUUGGCUGCCACACACAACUGGGAUAUCUUGAUCGGAUCGACACAUAUCAUCACGCCACCAACGUUUAUGGAGGACAUGCGCAUGUUGAGGAAUGGACCCCCACCGCCACCUCCACCCCCACCACGUUCACCCUCACCACCUCCCGAGCCUCCGGUGAAGACCAGUGCCGGCACUGGCGGUAGCAAUCCGUUUGCGAGUGUCAAGAACGUGUUUGGUGGAGGAGCUCCGAAACCACAAAAGCAGCAACAGCAGCAACAGCAACAGCAACAGCAACAGCAGCAGCAACAGCAGCAACAGCAGCAACCCCAUUUGCCGCCACAGCCUCCGAGACCGACGGGUCAAUCGCAGCAGCAGCAUCAGCCUCAUCCGUCGUGGUCGAGCGAUUCCUCCAAGGUCAAGGAGAAGCUGAAGGGGUUCUGGAACGAGUUUAAGUAGAAGAAUGAUAGAGACUUACAAUGUCAAUUGUCUAAAGUAUACGUGUUUU